AUUGAGUUUACUCUAAAAUAUGUUGUAGGGUUUAGAGAAAGAAGAUAGCGUCAGUGAACUCUCGGAAGCAUUGAAGGGAAAGCGAAGCGAGUGAUUUGGGAAUGUGAAUGUGAUGGCGCAAGUUCUUCUGUAUCGUCCUCCUCUGCUUCGCUUCAUGGCUUCUCGCUUCUUCACCCACUCUUCCUUCCAUACGCGUUUUUCUUCUCUUCCUUCUUCUACUCUCACCAAAACAAGGACGAGUUUUCAUCUGAGAAAAUCUUGGAUUCCCUGCUCGGUUUCAAUUACUGCCACUCCAAGGGCGUUUAUGUCUUCUGUCCCUACCACUGAAGCUUUUCAGAAAAGUGAAAGUUCCACAGCUUAUGGUUCUGAUCAAAUUCAGGUGCUGGAAGGCUUGGACCCUGUGAGGAAAAGGCCCGGGAUGUACAUUGGAAGCACUGGCCCUCGAGGGUUGCACCAUUUGGUGUAUGAAAUUUUGGAUAAUGCUGUUGAUGAAGCUCAAGGUGGGUUUGCUUCCAGGAUUGAUGUUGUUUUGCUUGCAGAUGGUUCUGUGAGCAUCACUGACAAUGGUCGUGGGAUUCCCACUGACUUGCAUCCAGUUACAAAUAAAUCUGCCUUGGAGACAGUGUUGACGGUCUUGCAUGCUGGUGGAAAAUUUGGUGGUGCUAACAGUGGGUACUCUGUCUCAGGAGGUUUGCAUGGUGUUGGAUUGUCUGUUGUUAAUGCCUUGUCUGAGUCACUAGAGAUAACAGUUUGGCGUGAUGGAAUGGAAUACACACAAAAAUAUUCUCGUGGAAAACCAGUGACAAUUCUAAAAUGCCUUGUGCUUCCAGAUGAAAGGAAAGAUCAUCGAGGGACACGUGUUAGAUUUUGGCCCGACAAAGAAGUUUUCACCACUGCUAUUGAGUUUGAUUAUAGCACAAUAGCUGGCCGGAUUAGGGAGUUAGCUUUCCUCAACCCAAAGCUUACAAUCACACUUCAGAAAGAGGAUAAUGAUCCAAAUAAAGCUCAAUAUAACAAAUAUUUUUAUGCUGGGGGGUUGGUCGAAUAUGUGAAAUGGCUCAAUGCAGAUAAGAAAGCUCUUCAUGACGUUCUGAGUUUUAGAAAAGAAACUGAUGGCAUCGCAGUUGAUAUAGCUUUUCAAUGGUGUGAAGAUGCAUACUCAGAUACAAUACUGGGAUAUGCUAAUAGUAUACGCACUAUUGAUGGUGGCACUCAUAUUGAGGCCAUGAAGGCUUCUAUAACAAGAACGCUGAAUGGUCUAGGAAAGAAGUCAAAAGUUAUUAAGGAUAAGGAUAUUACUUUAAGUGGCGAGCAUGUUAGAGAGGGUCUAACUUGUGUAGUCUCAGUCAAGGUCCCAAACCCUGAGUUUGAAGGACAAACAAAGACAAGGUUAGGAAAUCCAGAGGUACGAAAAGUGGUUGAACAAUCUAUUCAUGACUAUCUUACUGAGUAUUUAGAAUUGCAUCCAGAUGUGCUUGAUUCGAUACUUUCUAAAGCUCUCAAUGCUUUUAAGGCAGCUCUGGCAGCAAAAAGAGCGAGAGAAUUGGUGAGACAAAAGAGUNUAUUGAGAUCUUCAUCUCUUCCGGGAAAACUAGCUGAUUGUUCUUCUUCAAAUCCUGAAGAAUGUGAAAUCUUUAUAGUUGAAGGUGAUUCAGCUGGAGGAAGUGCUAAGCAAGGGCGUGACAGGCGCUUCCAGGCCAUUCUCCCUCUGAGGGGUAAGAUUCUGAAUAUUGAAAGGAGGGAUGAAGCAGCAAUGUACAAAAAUGAAGAGAUCCAAAAUUUAAUUCUCGGGCUUGGUCUUGGUGUGAAGGGAGAGGAUUUUAAAAAGGACGCACUCCGGUAUCAUAAAAUUAUUAUUUUGACUGAUGCUGACGUGGAUGGUGCUCACAUCCGAACUUUGCUACUGACAUUUUUCUUCAGAUAUCAGAAAGCAUUGUUUGAUGAAGGUGUUAUUUAUGUUGGUGUUCCACCAUUGUACAAGGUUGUCCGGGGAAAACAAGUGCACUAUUGCUAUGACGAGGCUGACCUUAAAAAGCUUAAAAAAUCGUUUCCUCCUAAUGCAUCAUACAACAUGCAACGGUUCAAAGGAUUGGGAGAGAUGAUGCCUUUACAACUAUGGGAAACAACCAUGGAUCCAGAACGGAGGUUACUGAAGCAAUUAAAAGUUGAGGAUGCAGCAGAAGCAAGUACUGUUUUUUCCUCUCUUAUGGGUACUCAGGUGGAUAUUCGGAAGGAACUCAUACGAAAUUCUGCAAGCAUGAUUGAUCUUCAUCAGCUAGAUAUUUGAUGGUGCAUCUAGAUAUGGAGAAAGGAAUGGCUUCCAUAUUAGUCAUACACUACAAUAUAAAGCACAAUUUUUUCUGUAUGCCCUGGAACGUGGAGAGGUCUGAAAUGAAGAGGCUCCUGUUUUUUCAUUGGUGCCAUUUGGUGUUUUAAGAGCUGUUUUUUUGGUUACAAAUUAAGCUGUUUUUUAGCUUCUGGGAAGUAUUUGAGGGGCAUGUUGGAGGCUCUAAUUUUAUUGUUAAAAAUUUGUAAAGUGCAUAUAUUUUUUCCCCACCUAUAUAUGAACCCAAGUUUUGAAAUUGCAUUUGUAAUCAAAUUCAUGUACUUUAGAUGUUA